AUGAGCGACCUCCCCGAGAGAAUACAGGCGGCCAAGCGCGAGGCCGAGCAGCUAAAGGACAAAAUAAAGUCGACGCGUGAGAAGCUCGCAGACACGACACUCCGUCGGGCAUCAGAAAAGGUAGCGCCAUUACCAAAGAUAUCGAUGAAAGUGCGUCGGACACUGAAAGGGCAUCUGGCGAAAAUCUACGCGAUGCAGUGGGCCGAAGACGAGCGGCACCUUGUGUCAGCGUCUCAGGAUGGCAAGCUGAUAGUGUGGGAUGCGUUCAGCACCAACAAGAUGCAUGCUAUUCCGCUGAGGUCCUCAUGGGUGAUGACGUGUGCGUAUGCGCCCUCGGGGAACUAUGUGGCGUGCGGUGGGCUCGAUAACCUGUGCUCUAUCUAUAAUUUAAAGACCAAGGAGGGGUCGGUGAAGGUAGCGAGGGAGCUGUCUGCGCACACGGGGUAUUUGAGCUGCUGCCGGUUUAUCUCAGACAGGCAGAUUUUGACAUCUUCGGGCGAUAUGUCCUGCAUGCUGUGGGAUAUCGAUGCUGGAGUAAAGGUUAUGGAGUUCAACGACCACACGGGCGACGUCAUGUCGCUUUCAUUGUCGCCCAACAAGAACAUAUUUGUGUCUGGGGCGUGCGACGCAACGGCCAAGGUGUGGGAUAUCCGGUCGGGGCGGUGCGUGCAGACGUUUGUAGGGCAUGAGUCGGACAUCAAUGCGGUGCAGUUUUUCCCCAAUGGGGACGCGUUCGGAACGGGGUCGGAUGACGCGUCGUGUCGGUUGUUUGACUUGCGUGCGGAUAGGGAGCUCAACCAGUACACGCAUGAUAAUAUUUUGUGCGGGAUUACAUCUGUGGCUUUUUCGCAUUCUGGCAGGCUGCUUUUUGCUGGGUAUGAUGACUUUAACUGCAAUGUGUGGGAUGUGCUGAAGGGGUCUAGGGUGGCGACGCUGUCGAGCCAUGACAAUAGAGUGAGCUGCCUCGGGGUGUCGAGCGAUGGUAUGGCGCUGGCGACUGGGUCAUGGGACAGUCUGCUGAAGAUCUGGGCCUAG